GAGCCCUAAUUUAGCUCAUUAAAUGCCUAACCUAGCCUCAUAUUUGACUUAACUCUCCUAAUGUCAGCCUAUUAUUGCAGAUUAGUACUGUUAUCUCUUGGCAGGAAAAGGUCUUCCAGCCUGCCAUGCUGAGGAAGUUCUUUCUUUUACCAGUUUAAUACAGCUGGUCAUGUCUCUAAUCAGCUCACAUUCAGGCACUACUGCAGCUGCAAUUACUGGCUCGAGCUGAAGGUCAAGCAUAAAAUAUUGGAGGGUUUUCCCCACUGUCACCAUUAUUUAUUACUUUCAUCUUUCUGGAAGCACAGAAUAACACCAGGUUUAUGGGGAAAAACCCCUAGAAAGUAUUCAAAAUAUACCCUGUGUAUUAAUCUGUAAGCAGUAUAAAAAGCUUGUGAAAUACUGAAUACAUCAUUAAGAAUUUAUGUGUAACAAGAUAUCGUGACAUAUGUAUUGUGUAUUUUCAUCACAAUUCAUGUAUUGUGGUUAGUUUCACUGUAAAUGUUUCGUCUUAUCGCUCUCUCUUAUUUGAUCUUCUUAGACUCCCCUGAGGGAGUGUGUGAGGAGUGUGUGUACAGUCUGGAGAUGAGUGAGGGAGACGCCAAGCCAACGGAGGUGUAUCAUGGCUCGGAGCUACAGUGCACUGUCGCUAGUUUGCUUCCUGGUGCAACAUAUAGCUUCAGACUGAGGGCUGCCAAUGAGGCUGGGUACGGACCAUACUCUGAGCCUACAGAGGUGACGACUGCAGCGGGUCCUCCUGCCCAGUGUGGAGUUCCCAUAAUCACACUCACCAGUAACACCUGUGUAACGCUCAACUGGGAGAGCCCCGAGGGUUCGGGUACAGACAUCUCUGAAUAUCGUUUGGAGUGGGCGAGGGAAGAUGAACCCAUGGAGCUCAUCUACUGCGGAUCUGCCACGCAGUGUGAACUGUCAGAUUUGACAUCUGCCACAAAUUACUGCUGCAGGCUACAGGCGGUCAAUCAGGCGGGUGCUGGUCCAUAUAGUGAGCAGAGCAGUUUCCAGACCCCAGCUACAAAUCCUGACCAGGUAUCAUCCCUUACCCCCCUGGAUCUCCCGAGCUCCUCAGAGACGGGCCACUCCCCGUCUACCUGCCUCCACCUGAAGUGGGAGGAGCCAAACUGUAACGGGGCCGAGAUUACCUCCUACGUCAUCACCCUGGACGACCAAACCAUCACUGUGGAUUCAGGGACAAGUCACCUUGUCACAGGCCUGCAGCCAGACAGUGAAUACAGUGUGCAGAUCCAGGCAGUGAAUGCCAUUGGCUCCAGUCCCAACAGUUUACCACUGAUCGUGAGGACACGCCCUCUCCCGCCACCGCCGCCCCCACUCGAAUGCUCAGCGGCUGGCCCUCAAAGCCUGAAGCUCAAGUGGGGCGAAAACACCAGCCACACACGUGCUCUGCUUGCUGAUGACAUGGUCUACACACUACAGAUGGAGGACAAGAACCACAGGUGGAGUAUACACGGACCAGUUUAUACUAUGUACCUGGGAGUAGUCAUGUUGAGUGGAGCUGGACACAGCAGGGAUGCAGCCCCCAACAAUCAAGCCUUCAUUGAAUUGACUGCAUUUCUUGACUUCACAAGAGAUGGUGUUCUAAUUAUACUCUUCAUCUGUUUGCAAGCGUCUUUUAACGAUAUCCUGUCAUGUAUACGAGAUAAUGAUUUGUUAUUAUUAAUUCCAACAGCUCCCAGAGUGCACCAGCUGGAGGGGAACAUGUGUGAGAUAACAUGGGAAACUAUUCCACCAAUGAGGGGGGACCCUGUGAGCUAUGUGCUCCAGGUGCUGGUGGGACGUGAGUCAGAAUACAAACAGGUUUUCAAGGGAGAGGAGGGUGUGUUUCAAAUCUCCGGUCUCCAGAGCAACACAGACUACCGUUUCCGUGUGGGUGCCUGCCGCCGUUGCCAGGAUACGUGCCAGGAGCUGUGUGGACCACUGAGCCCUUCCUCUUUGUUCACGCUGCGUCGCCAGGAGGCAGCAUCAUCAGGAGAGCAGUGUGCCGUGGAAGCAGGCAAAGGAGCGGGCCUGAUCUCGAGCGACGAGCGCUUUGCGGCGCUGAUUGUGUGUGUGUUUGCAGGCUUCUCCAUCCUCAUGGCCUGCUUGCUACAGUACUUCUUCAUGAAGUGAGGGAAUUUUUAAUUAUAGGAUAGAAAGAGAAAGCAAAAUCGCAGAAAAAAAAACUUUAAAAAACAUCUAUGAAAGAACCGAAUGAAAUCAAAACAAACACUUGAGAUGUACAUUCAACGCUAUCUAUGAUUUUUUUUUGGUUAUUUUUUGAUUCAGGCUUUUCCCACCUUGUUCCUGUUGUCUUUUGCCUUCACUCACUUUGGACUUUUUCCCCUCUCCGUCUCUGUUGUCUUCAUAUCAUUGUCCGUCUCAUUUGUUAAGGAUUUCUGUCGAGGGAAGUCUUGUCUGAGCUGUACCUCGUUUGGGAAAGAAAGCUGAUAAUCAAGCCUUAAAAUAGCUGUGAGCAAAACAGUUGCUCUCCAGACUGACUUGCAUGUUUUUAUUUUGUAUCCUUUUAAAACAUAUUCACUUAGAGAACAUAUAUUUCUUGAUGGUCAUUGCCUUGCUUUUUUGGUUUAUUUUUCAGUGUUUAAUUUGCAUUUUUUUUUGCUGUAGUCUUUAUUCAUUCAGCCAUAUUCCAAUGUAGGCCUUCAAAGCUUUAGUUGUUCUUACUUACCCAGUUUGUUACAACUCUACAGGCUGUCAGACAUUUCACAUAAUCUGCACCCGUUCUCACAUGCAGACUGACAAAUACCCAGUGCACAGACAAAGGUGCAGACUUACAUGCAUAACCAUGCACACAUAUCCAAUUACACUCAUGCAAUGACAAUGAGAAAGACAUUUCAUCCUAAGAAGUAAAUCACAUAUCUGCUUAGCUUUUUACAUUCACUCAUUCACUCUUUCAGCUACCAAAGUGAUGCAAUCCAUGUAUGGUUUAAGAUGCUGCUAUCCUUUGAUUUUAUUAUAUCUACAAAAGAAUGGAAAACCAGUAAUCUAAUAUAUGAACUCUAUAUAUAGAUAUGUAUAUUAUAGCAAAUACUAUGAUGCUAUAAAUUGAUGUAAUAUAAGUGAUGGCAAUGUAAGGUCUGAAGUACAGUGUAAAAGGGGGAAUAGUGGACUCUAGGUGCUCAUAGACAGCAGCUCUGAGGUCAGCUCAGCAGCUUGCACAUUUAGUUGAAGGAGCCCUUAAACACUUGUCUUGGUUCAGAAUAUGAGCCCUUGAAGGUAUUGGUUUGUGAGGCUUAAACUGGCUUUGGGGAGCCAGGCUGUGAUUGUGAUCGGCUGCAGCAGACAAGGAAAGGGCUGGGCUGAGCAUAUUUUGGGCCAUUGGUCAGUUCUUCUUUAAUCUACCAUCUCAAAUACCAUUGCUCCAGCCUAUUUAUCUGUAGCUUUACUAGCGAUAUGUACGUAGCUCCACAGACCCAGAGGUGCUAACAGUCUGCCAGCUAACCGGCCUUCUCAGAGCUGUAUGGGUGUUAACUAGGAAAGCCAUUAGGAGUUAGCUUGUGCUUUAGCCCCCACUAAGAAUUAGCCAGCCAGAGCAAUGCUAAAGCUGUUUCUCCUUCCGGCUAGCCUGUCAAUUGAUGCAUUUAAAGUCUAUUCUCCUCUUUUCUCAUUUCCCACCCGUGAUUAUCUGUAAUUACCCUUUCUGCUCUGGCCACUUUUCUCUUGCUUUCGAUCCAUCCCAUCUGUCUGCCCAUGCAACACUCUCACUUUCCCUCUCUUCUCUCUCUCUCUAUUAAAAGGUGCUUUAUUGAUAUGUAAUCAGAGCAGUAGCAAGUCUGUGGUCUCUCCUCAGACGGACAUGUUCUCUGAGGACUUGAACUAAUGUUCACUAACCAAACAAGCCUUUGACAGGACACAACUCAUCAGAACAGGGCAUUCUAACACACAUAACAGCCCCUCACCUCCCACCCAAAGUCCCCAAAACCCUUUUUAACCCCAACCCGAACCAACAAAGCCAAGGUACAACCCAAUACAUGCCCCGAUAAUCCAAAGAAAUCACCCUGACCUGCGUAAUUAAUGUGUGACAUGUCCACGUUUGUCGGAUGGGGUGCAGGGAGUAAAAGGGAUUGGAUGGGAGACGGAGGUAAUGAUUAGCUCUGAUUGGCAGCCUGUAAUGUACCUCAGGGAUAAGGCCUCACAGAGGGGAGAUCUAAUCUUGUCAUCCCUAUGCUGUCAUCAUGAUAAUUUAUCAUUUUAGCCUCUUUUCUUCUUCUUUUCUCUCUUCCUUCCCUUUGUUCUCUCAUUUUGGAUGCUGUAUCUUGUGCUCUGUCUGUGCUGUGCCUUGCUCCUGUAUGUGUCAGUAAGUAAAGUGGUUUACUAGCUUAAAAAAACCUUUGCCAAAGUUGGUGGGAAAGUAAAGGUAGAGUUCUUUUCUAGGUUUUAUUUAUACUAUAUAUUUGCAUACAGUACUUUACAUGCCAAUUACAGUGCAAUCUUCAUUUAUUUAUUGUUAAAAGAUUAAGAGACAAGUGUAGUUAUAUACUAAUUUUUUCUUGUAGCAUGUUUUUUUUUUCUUUUGUUUUAAUGGAUGUAUGUUAGAUUGUAUGAUUAAGGCCAGCAUUCCUUAUCUCAGUAACCCUUUAAGUAUUUUUCUUACAGCUGUUGGGAACCUGUAGCUCAUCAGUCCAUGAAUUGCAGUUAUCAUUGCCGUUUCAAACAUUUAACCAAAUUGCCUAUGUAUUUUUGUUUUAUUUUAUUUUAUUUUUUACAUUUCCUGUUUUGGCUGUGCACAGGCGAGCAGUUCUUGAAACGCUUAGAGAAACAUGUAGCAAGCCAGGUCUUAUGGUCAAUUCAAGUCAUCUGUUUUGGGAUAAAUGUUGCUGCCUUUGGCUUUUGUUCUGAUUAGUGUUAUAAUGAAGCUUCUGAUAUCUAUUUUUACUGUUUUAAUGCCAAAGUGCAAACUUUUUAUGUCCACUAGUUGUUGCGUUUUGAAUCGUCUAAAGGGUUCUGUGAUGUUCUUCUGCAGCGACACAGCAUUACGACUAUUAUCAUUAUUCUUUCUAAAGGAAAAAAAAAACAUUAACUUGAUCUGUGAUAUUUCUUCUUUUCAUAUUAUCUUUUAUUGUUUUGUUUUGUAAAGCAAAAUGUGCCAUUAUGAAAUGUGUAGCCCCUUUCGGUGGAGUUUUUUUUUCCGUUUUUUAAUUUUUACACAACCUGAUUUCACACUGAAAGGUAUAGAAAGCAAAAACAAUCAUACAAUGGUUUCCGGCAGAUGAUGAAAAUAAUAAUAUUGAUAAAUCCUUUUUCAGGCUUGUGCUGGUAUAACAGUAGUGAGCUUUUUUGUGUCCGUACAUUGCUAAGAGAUGAUAUACAGAGAUAUCUAUAGAGCUAUAGAGGAAGAUGGUAAAUUCAUUAUGACUAACAGAGUUGAAGCACUUUUUAAUGCCAAGCAUUAGGCUUGAUGAGGUAAAUAUGAGCGAUAGGAAACGCGAUCCUUUGCUCUAUUCCAAACUCUACUGCCAACACUGUCUGUUACUUUUAUUGGCAUUAUUCUGUUAUUGGCAUCACUGUGACAUUGGCAUUACUGGGGCGCAGUUCUGCGCUUUGCAGAAUGCACAGUACAGCCACAAAGAAAGGAAAGUUUAUAGGGAGUAUGGUGCCUUUGUCUGAUGUGUUCAUUUUGUGUCUGCCUGUUGCAUUGUAAUUGACAGGUGACUUGUGAGGUGUCCUUUCCUUAAACUCCUGAUGUUAUGUUGCCCAACACUACCCAUUUUUAAGCCUUAAUUCCCCAGUGGAAGAGCAGAGGUUUGCUUUGUGUAUGGUCAUUGUCAGGCCAGUUAUGCUAGUGUUAAAUAGUCCAAGGUUAGCACAGUGUUAACAAAAAGGCAUUGUGUUUGUGGGCAGGGUACUCCCUUGAUGUGCAUUGUUGGGUUUUUUUUUGCGUUUUCCCCCCCCAAAUACAGGUGAUUUUAUAGAACCCCAGCCUCCCUACUCACCACCCUGCAGGUCCUGUACAUUUGGCGGGUAUGUCAAGAGUGAGAGACAAUGUUUUGCCCAGCAACCCCACGUCUGUGCCUUCUGAUCAGUUUUUUUUUUUUUUUUUAAUGUUUUGUACAUGUAGAGAUUUUGACUGAGAGAUUGGCGAUUUGACAAACAUGCAGAGACUCACAGGUAUUUAACUAUUUUUUAAGUAAGACAAAAACAGAAACAUAUUUUUACCUCACAAUUAAAAAAAUAAACAUUCCAACGUUGUCAUGGUCUACGAAUUGAGGAAAAAAAAGAAAUUCAUGCAUUUCUUCUUGUAUUGUAAAUGUUAGACAAUUUCAUAUGCAUUAUAUAAAAGAAACUGCCAUAUCAAUUUUAAUGUAUAGAUUUUGCAAAUACUACCCUAUGUAUGUAAGACGUAACUGUAUCGGUAGCGUAUAUAUAAUAUAUUUAUGCCCAAUAAAUGUUUUAAUUUUU